CGCUCACCGGCCCACCGCCUGUUAUACGCGAUAUCCAUAAUAGCUCUGCAGUUCCUCUCUCGCACCUCGUUUUGUUCACCUGGAGGAAACAACGGAAUUAUCAGGACUGGUUGAUUCAUCGAUUUUCGGCAACUAAUUUGGAAGUAGUACUUCAUGGCUAGCUUUGGUUCUGGUAAUGCUGUCACUGGAUCGUAUGGUGUGGUAAUAGGUCCGAUUACUACUAGUGGUCCUACUGAGUUUGAUGUGGCGCAGACCGCCAAAUUGGAAAAGCUCCUUGCAGAUGCUGCGCUUCAUGAAAGCAGGGGAGAGGCUAUUAAAAGGGAGGAAGUGUUGGGUGGACUAGACCAGAUUGUCAAGAUAUGGGUGAAGAAUGUUACCCGUGCCAAAGGGUUCAAUGAGCAGCUAGUCCAAGAAGCAAAUGCCAAGAUUUUCACUUUUGGUUCGUACCGUCUUGGUGUGCAUGGGCCUGGUGCAGAUAUAGACACCCUCUGCGUGGGACCUAGAUAUGUUACUCGAAAUGAAGAUUUUUUUGGUGAACUUCAUGACAUGCUUGCGGAGAUGCCUGAAGUACAGGACUUGCAUCCUGUAUCUGAUGCUCAUGUUCCUGUCAUGAAAUUCAAGUACAACGGCAUAUCUAUAGAUCUUCUAUACGCCAACGUUGCGAUGUGGUCUAUACCUGAAGAUCUAGAUGUAUCUCGGGAGUCAAUACUACAGAAUGUGGAUGAGCAGACUGCUCUUAGUCUCAAUGGCUGCAGAGUAACUGAUCAAAUUUUGCACCUGGUCCCAAAUAUUCAGAAUUUCCGUACUGCACUCAGAUGCAUGAGAUUUUGGGCAAAAUGCCGUGGAGUAUAUUCCAAUGUUAUGGGUUUCUUAGGUGGGAUUAAUUGGGCAUUACUUGUUGCUCGCAUUUGCCAGCUAUACCCGAAUGCUCUGCCUAGCAUGCUGGUAUCUCGAUUCUUUAGAGUAUUUAAAAAGUGGCAUUGGCCUUAUCCUGUUAUGCUGUGCCCACUUAAAGAAUCAUCUCUAGGAUUUCCUGUUUGGGAUCCCAGGAAAAAUUUUAAAGACAGGCAGCAUCUUAUGCCUAUAAUAACUCCUGCAUAUCCCUGCAUGAAUUCUAGCUACAAUGUUUCAAACAGUACGCUGAGCAUCAUGGUUGAAGAGUUUAAAAGGGGACAUAAAAUUUGCAAGGCCAUGGAGAAAGGCUGUGGUAGCUGGAAGACACUGUUUGAGCGCUUUUCUUUCUUUGAAGCAUACAAACAUUAUUUGCAGAUAGAUAUAUCUGCAGAAAAUGAUGAGGACUUGAGGAAAUGGAAAGGUUGGGUCGAAUCUAGAAUUCGUUUGCUUACUUUAAAGAUUGAGAGGGACAUGGCUGGUGUACUUCGGUGCCACCCAUACCCUGGCGAAUUUCGAGACAAAAAUCGACGUUUCCAUCUUAGCUAUUUUAUGGGUUUGAGGAAGAAUACAGAAGCUGAUGAUCAAGGUGGUGAACAGAUUGAUAUGAGGAGAACAGUAGAAGACUUUAAAGGCGCUGUUUGGAAAUAUAUCUAUCGCAAACCGACAAUGCUGAUUCAUGUGUGUCAUGCUAAACGGAAAAAUCUUCCUGAUUUUGUCUUUCCUGGCGGGGUCAGGCCUCCACAACCUGUAAAAGUAUCUGGUGGAUGUCAGUUGCCUGCAAAACGGCGCAAGAAUGAACCUUCUCGGGUAAAUAUUGUAGCACCUAAGAAGAUGAAACUUGAUGUAGCUGGGGCAGAAAUCAGUGUAGAUGAAUCUGGUUCUGUGGCUCUGUGUGGUGGCAAUGGUGAGAUUGAGAGGAAUUUUUUGACAACACAGAAUCAUGAAACUGGCUUAGCUGGUGUCGCUCUGGAUUUAAAACGUCAUACCAACAAUAAGCACAAAGGUGAAGGAUCUGGGAAAUGCCACCAGCCUUCUGUGGCGGAGUGUACUGGUAACUUGAUUUUUGUUGACCAAGCUGGAGAUCAUGGACAAUCCAAUAAACCAAUUUCCAACCUCCAGGGUUCUUCAAAGGUGCCUGACCAUCUUGAAGAUAAUUUGCAACCGAUGGAUCGAGUUGAGAAUGACGUGGCUACGGAAGGCAGUCUUAUGCAGAAGUCCACGACCAAGCAUCAGACUGCAGGAGCUACAGGAGGAACUACUGUUGUGGGGGACACUUCUCGCUACACAUUUUCCAGUGAAGGCAUAGAUGAGCUUGAGCCUGUUGCUUUGGCAAAUUUUCCAAGUGUUGCUUCAGAGACGAAUCAUCUGCCUCAGAAGCCCCGUAUUAGGUUAAAUUUCACUUCACUUGCUAAAGAAACUAUGAAAGGCUCAUAAGGGAACAAUGCUGCCGGAAAACUAUUAAAACUAUGUCAACUUCUCUUUGUAAAUUGUUAUUACUUAGAUUUCGCUUCCUUUUGCAAAAGGUUUUCAGGAUACCGCCUUUUCCCAGGGCUUAGGGUUAGAUCCUGGACAAGUGUUGGCCAUAAUGGAAUUUUGAAAGUCUAAUAUAAUCCUUCAGACUCCUUUAUAUCAAAAUAUAGAAGCUUAGAACCAAGUUAUAACUAGUAUCAUCGAUAAUAUCUGACAUGUGUUCCAAAGAAAGAACAUAAUAUCCAAUUGCAUGUAUACAGGAAUUUUGAAUUCAAUUUGAAAUUUGGUUUUUAUUUA